UACACGCCAGUCUUCACUCAAUUUUUCUAGGCAAAAUUCUCCAAAGACAUCAGGGUUUGGUGGAGCACACAAGAGAGGCUCAAUAUUGGCCCAACUUACUGUUUUUUGUCAGCAUCCAUACCAACAACAGCUCCAGCGAUAGUUUAUUUUUACGUUUUAGCAGCCACAUCUUUCUGUUGUGAAGUUAAAUCCACACUCCACCAGCUUUAUGGGUUUUAUUGUCUGAGACAAGCAACUUUCCUCGGAUUCGAUUCUUUUCAUAUUCUUUGUAGUGGUGCCUGCAAGAAUCGGCUCUACAAAUUUUGCAGAUGGAAGAUGUAGCCAAGGAUCUAAUUUCUGGGACUGUUGGAGGGGCUGCACAAUUGAUAGUUGGGCACCCAUUUGACACCAUAAAGGUCAAGCUCCAAAGCCAGCCUGCUCCACUCCCUGGCCAACCUCCCAAGUAUUCUGGUGCAAUUGAUGCUGUCAAGCAAACUGUUGCUGCUGAAGGCCCUAGAGGAUUGUACAAGGGUAUGGGGGCUCCUCUUGCCACAGUGGCAGCUUUCAAUGCCCUCCUCUUCACUGCGAGAGGACAAAUGGAGGCAUUGCUGAGGUCUAAACCUGGCGAACCCCUUACAGUUAACCAGCAGAUUAUUGCCGGAGCUGGAGCUGGAGUUGCUGUUUCAUUUCUUGCUUGCCCCACUGAGUUGAUAAAGUGCAGAUUGCAAGCACAAAGUGCAUUAGCAGGUUCUGGUUCCGCCACUGUGGCAGUGGAGUAUGGUGGACCAAUGGACGUCGCCAGGCAUGUUCUCAGAUCAGAAGGUGGUGUGGUGGGUCUAUUCAAGGGCUUGGUUCCCACUAUGGCAAGGGAGGUUCCCGGAAAUGCUGCCAUGUUUGGUGUCUACGAAGGACUGAAACAGUACAUGGCCGGAGGCCAGGACACAUCUCAAUUGGGAAGAGGCUCUUUAAUUGUGGCAGGAGGUUUAGCUGGAGCUUCAUUCUGGGCAGCUGUCUAUCCCACCGAUGUUGUAAAAAGCGUUAUUCAGGUGGAUGACUACAAUAAUCCCAAGUACUCUGGUUUCAAGGAUGCAUUUCGGAAGAUCCAAAAAACAGAAGGCAUCAAAGGCUUGUACAAGGGUUUCGGCCCUGCAAUGGCUCGUAGUGUUCCUGCAAAUGCAGCAUGCUUCUUGGCAUAUGAGGUGACAAGGUCUAGUUUGGGGUAAUUCUACCUGCCAUUACAGGUUGCUGGCCAAUGAUUUGGGUGAAUGUUAACCACUGUUAUCAUAUUACUCAUUUAAAAGCCAUCUUCUAGUCAGUAAAUGAUGCCUCUUCAAUUGAAAAGAAUUCUUUAGCAAUAUGAAAACAGGCUUCUUACUUUCUUAAGUUCUGUUCAAGUUUAUUUUGUGUUCUGGGAGAAACAUUCUUUCACAAAUGACAACUAUGGAAGUUUCCCUUUUUAA